AUGAUCUCUCAUGCUAAUGCAACUAGUCGUAGCCAGGUUCCUCAGCCAGAUCCUGUUCUAGGCCCUCCUGUGUAUAGCACACCAACUGUUAUUCCAUUAUCCGUUCCUUCUAAUUACAUAAUGGAGCGUGAUAAUUACUCUUCGCCAGUUACAAGUCAGCCAUUAACAAGAAAUAAGAGGAGUUCGGAGAUUGUCACUGAAGCCCCAACAGCUGCAAAGAAAACUCGUAGCAAAUUGACUUCUAGGAUGUUAACAUCCCAAGGAACAGAAAAGCUUCCAGAAUCUGACAAUGGAAUGAAUAGCCAAGUAGCUGGUCAGCUAAUUUCUGUAAAUCAAUCAUCAUCCCCCAAUUGCACAGCCAAUGAAUCAACAAUGCAUGUAUCAGGUGUUGCCAAGUGUUUGUUCAAUCAGCCACAGCUGUCCCCUCCAACCAAUUCAUCAGGUCCUAAGACACCUCCACAAGCAGUUUCCCCUCAGAGUGAUAAAUCAAAGACUCCAUUGGAUGUUUCUUCAACUGCUAAUUGCAGUCAUAAUAGUACUCCUCAAGAGAUCACUCCUACCAACUGUACUCUAAUUUCAACUGAGAGGGUUACAGUUAGUCCUUUAAAGCAAAUGACAUGUUACACCAUUGAGAGGAACCAUUGCAUUUCUUCUUGUUCACCAGUUAAGGCAUGCUUAAAGAGGCUUGGCAAGAGGGAUCAUGUAAAAAGCAGGCUGGACUUUGAUGGUUCUGAUGAAACAGUGAAUGCUGACAAACCAAUAACAAAUGACACUUCAACAUCUGAAUCUGAAAUGGAUGCGGAUCUCUUUGACCUAGAUUUGCCUAAUUUAGAUGCUUUUGGAGCAAAUUUCUCCUUUUCUGAACUGUUAGUGGAUCUUGAUCUUGGAUGUGAAGGAAUUGGCUACACCUGUCAACCAACAUUGGGUACUGCAGAUGCUCUUUCAGGGUCAUCUCAUGAAUCAGGGGAUGGCAAUCUGGGGGCUAAUCGAGUCAUGUCAGAGUUUUCAUCUACUGUCACAGAACUGCUUUCAGAGAAAGACAUUAAUGCACAAGGAUCCGACACCGUGACUUCAGUGAAGUCUAUAACAAAAUGCAUAAAAAUAUUAAGCCCUGCAAAAGGUCGAAGGAGUUCUUUGGAGCAACAAAAUAGUUCUGCUACGAACUGA